GCCAGGUGUAGCUGAUGAGGGUAGUGAUGUGAACUGUCGAUUGUAAUACUAUGAGAGGACGAAUAUCUACAUCGUGUGGAAAGCAGGCGCUAGUAACGAGCUGGCCAAUGAGAGCGCAGUUUGAGCGGACAGUAGCCCUUCAAGAUGGUCUACCGGCUGAAUACCAGAAGAGCAGCACAUCAGGAGUUUCUUGCUUGGAAACAUGACACUUCUUUGACAUGAUCCAGUACAUUGAUGUAGGACAGAGAUGAGCCAGGUAGAAAAGACAAGUCUAAAGGGGGUAUAGUAAUGCAGCGGGCAAUAUAGUCUAACGAACGCCAUGCAGCCCAAAAAAGCAAGAGCAAAACGCGAAGCGGUCCGAGACAAGAACGGUCUUAAAACUAGGAGUGCUACCGCACCUCCAAUGAUUGUUGCAGUCCGUACAGCCGGGACUAUGUUCGUAGCUGUUGUCGCCGUGGCAUUGACAGCAUGUCCAUCGAUACACCAUGUCGCCGCCAUCCGUGGACUCGCUCUGGGAUCCGCAGCCAUAUGUGGAGACUAUGGGCCUGCGAAUGCCAUGGUGGAUGCUAAUUGGGAUGGCAUGGGUGGCGGUUUUAGUGUUACUAAUAGCGGCAUUGUUCGUUGGAGCGAAGCUAUUGUUCAGAGCUAA